AUGGUCACGGUCACAGAGUACGGCGCACAUGGCUCCCUUGGGUCAGGCGAGAGGCUUACAGAAUCUAGGGCGCCUGCCAACGCCAUCCAACCGGAACCAACGAUCUCCGAGGCAGAGGUCGCACAGAAGCGAAAAGCAUCAAUAGUCUCUAACGGCGAUGAGGGCUUGUCGAAGCGACUGAGGAUUGAAGAAGGCGACCACCGUGACCCACCCGCACACGACCCAUCAACGACAGACCCGAGGCCGCGGGAUGGGGACGCAGGCGCCAACACAACUCGGUGCACGCCGUUAUCGAAAGACGAAGAGAAGAAGCGGGGCAAGCGGUUGUUCGGCGGUCUUCUCAGCACCUUGAGCCAGACCAACAGCGGCUCCCAACACAAGAAACGCAGGGAAAUAGAGCAGCGGCAGCAUGAGAAGGCGCAAAAGCAACGGGCGGAAGACGAGAAGCGGAGAACAGAGAAGCUCGCGAGGAUAACCGAGGCGAGAUGGCAGGAGCAGAUAAAGUUUGACGAGAAGGCUAUGAAAAGCCGGCAUGCGGGUAUGGUCGCGAUGGCGCAUUCUCUCAGAACGAAGGCAUGGCCACCAAUUUACUACCGACCGUGGAAGUUUACAAAAGAGCAAGAGGAUGAGAUCGACGCCCAGAUUCGAGACGCCAAGGCGACUGUAGCAAGGGAGACGGAGGCUUUCAGAGAGCGCAAGGACGAGCACGAACGGCGUUACGGCCAGAGCAGGCUGCCCACGAGAGAUGAACUGCCCGCGCCUACAAACAUCGAAGACCUAGCCAAGACACAUGCAGAACCCCCCGCAGCAGCUGCCCCGGAAGCCCCGGCGGUCACGCAUGAUGCCCCUUCUCCAAGCCAUCAGCAUGACGAACCUGGCGAUGUUGUUGAGGAUGCUGAGGACAUGGUUAUUUACUGA